GUUCGCCAAGUACCAUAUUAUACUACAUAAGACAAGUGUUCAAAAGUUACCCGGCCUUUCAUUGGGAUCCUGUUUAUGAUUUGUUGAUUGAAAAAACAAAUUAAACAAACGUUUCGUCUACCUUUCCUUUUUUCUAGUUUUUCCAAUCAAGGAUUUUCUUCUUAUGUCAAAUUGGGCAAGAACCUAAAAACUCUGAUGUUUUGAAACUAAACUAGAAUUGUAUCGUGCUAUUUAUAUAACUUAUCUUCUAGAUUUGGAGGCACACACUCAUUUGCUCACUCCCUUUUAGUUAUUUCGCAAUUUACUGAUUGCAGAAAAGGAAAUGAUUCUGUCUGUUUAAGUGUGAUUAUGUUUUUAUACUCUCAAAUGAAACCAAGCUAUAUUUUAGCAAGUUCUAUAAAAACCAUUGCGACAUUAAGGACUGUGCCUAGGUAUAAUUUAGACCCAAGACUAUUUCGUUCUUUUUCCAUAGCGUCAGUUUUAUUGAGAAAGAACAGAUCGAACACUUUCUUUGAUGGAGUGGAUGAUUUAACUCAUCUUCGUUGGACAAUUGUCGGUCAACAAGCUCCCGUGGCUUUUACCAGAAGAUACGCAACCGGUUUUAAUUAUCCCAACUUUCAAAGCUCGAAUCGAAGACUAUUUUCUUCUUUGUUUAUUACCAUUCCUGUCGGUCUUUCAGGUUGCAUCCUCGCGUACAAAAUAUGGGAGCAUCUCUAUCAAAAACAACAGCAACAACCUUCGCUGGACCCACCAUUGAAUAAUAAAGUGACAGACUUCCAUGAUAAAAGUUCCUUUGGGAAGAUUAAGCUAAUAUUACAACUGUGCAGACGUAUCACUUAUUUAUUUUUGGUCUUUUUCCCUAUCUCUAUCACCGCUCCCCUUGUAUACUUAGUGUAUUUAACUCCGUUUCAAAAGUUUUUCGCUAGUAUUUUUUCUAUAUGGGUAAAACUGUUGGUGCGUCAGCUUGAAAAAGCUGGAGCUACUUUCAUAAAGCUUGGUCAAUGGGCAGCUACAAGAACUGAUUUGUUCCCCCCAGACCUUUGCAACCAGUUAUGCAAAUUUCAUUCUCAUGUAACUCCGCAUAAUUUUGAUCACACCGAAAAAAUCAUCAAAGAUUCCUUUAAAGUGAAUUCAAUUUCUGAUGUUUUUCUUGACUUUGCGCCUGUACCUAUUGGCGUUGGAUCCAUUGCGCAAGUGUACACUGCUACUCUGAAGAAUGCUUGCGCACACCAACAGGACAAUUCUGCAAUUGAAUCAUAUAAAAGAAAAAUAAAAAGACUUUUGUCUUUUGAGCGAGCACCGGAGGAAGAAAAUAUGCAUAAAAGUGUGGCUGUCAAAGUAUUACAUCCGAAUGUGGGACUGAAAAUAUCAUUGGAUUUAAAGAUUCUUGAAAUAUUUGCAAGCUUAUUCAAUUUAAUUCCUACCAUGAAAUGGUUGUCGUUUCCACAGGAAGUGAAAGUGUUUGGAGACAUGCUAAACCAACAGCUGGAUCUUCGACAUGAAGCCCAGAAUCUUAUACAAUUUAGCAAGAACUUUGAAAAAAAAUCAUAUGUCGAAUUUCCUAUGGUGUACGAAAAUUAUACCAAAGAUGCAGUCUUGGUUGAGGAAUUUAUUCCUGGUAUUCCAUUGAGUUUGUUCCUUCGUCAUAAGGAUGGCCCUUUUAAUAAGUGUUUAGCAAAUGUGGGAAACAGUGCUCUAUUUCAAAUGCUUAUCCUUGAUAACUUUACGCACGCCGAUCUGCAUAGCGGAAACAUUAUAGUCGGCUUCAAGAAAGGAUCAGCCUUUGCAAGCAAUUAUGUGGUUUCAGGGAAGGACUUAUACUCUAAUUUAAUGUCCAGCGAUGAUGAAGAAUGGAAAUCUACGAUGCAGUACCUACAAACUAUGGGAUAUCAGCCUUUUCUAACUUAUUUGGAUGCCGGUCUCGUGACGAAACUUAGUCCACAGGAUUUGCAAAACUUUAUUGACCUAUUUCAAGCAGUGUUAACUUUCAAAGGAUAUGAAGCUGGCUUGCUUAUGGUAGAGCGAAGUCGACAAACAGAACUUGUACGAGAUAGAGAAGUAUUUGCUUUGAAAAUGGAACACCUGCUGAACGGUAUUCAAAAGAACACACUUUCGCUGAAGUCGCUUCAGAUUGGAACAAUCUUACAGGAAGUUAUGACGAUGUCUAGAGAGCAUCAUGUUCGUAUUGAAGCUAAUUUUGCCAACACGGUUUUAUCCAUUCUUUUGAUGGAAGGAGCAGGUAGACAAUUAUACCCUGACAUGGAUAUUUUGAGCAAUGCUACACCCUUUUUGAGGGCUGCUUCUGCUAAAUCCAACAUUUCUUUGAAAAGUCCAAUGAUCAAGCUAUGGCUGGCUCUAGAAGCAAGACAAUUUUUGCUUUUGAGCACAUCAAAAGAGACAGUUGAAACCUGGAUAAAGGCAGAUAUGAUUUCUCCAAACAUAUAAUGACUAAGUUUCAUGUAUUUAAUAGAUAAUUUGUUCCUCAGAA